AUGACACGAUUUCCACCGGCCUUCACCUUCCUCGCCAUCACCGUCAUAAUGCUAGCCACUGUUUCCCUUUCCUCUGCUACCGGCUCCCGAUUCCUCGCCGGACUCGCUGUUAAGAGCAGCAGGUGCUCAAGAAAUCCGGCAGUCUGCCACACUCCAGGGAGCGGCGGGCCAACUUGCUGCGCCAAUCUGUGCACUGAUACGAGCCGCGACACGCUCAAUUGUGGUCGGUGCGGUAGAAUUUGCAAGUAUACAGAUUCCUGCUGCGAGGGAAAAUGCGUCGAUGUAACGUUUAAUAAGCACAACUGUGGCAGCUGUGGCAAACGGUGCUCACGUGGGGUGAAGUGCUUCUAUGGAAUGUGUCAAUAUGCUUGA